AUGAAUAAAAUCCAACCUCGAGCUGUAUUACUCUAUUCUAUGAUUGGUACCAAAAAUAUUCAUUUGGAACAACUUGCUCUUGACCAAUGUCAUUCGAUCGAUCUAACUUCUGAUUAUUUUGGUUCACCAUAUGAAAUGAUUAUUCAAGAAUUCAUAUUAUCUACUUUACCAUGUAUUUUUAAUUAUAUUGAAUCACUUGCAAUCAAUCUUGUACAUAUAUCAAGUCUUUAUCAGCUUGUUGAAAGAAUUGAUGAUAAAAGUUGUCUCAAUAAUUUAAAGCAUUUAAAAAUAAUGGCCGGCCGUUUGAAUCGUAAUACAGGAACACCUGUCACAUUAAACUUUUAUAGUGAUGACGAGGUACGGCGCUAUUCUCUAUUCUCAGACAUACCUCAAUUUUUCGAUCUUUCUCAGAAACUUAAUGAUAUACUUUCAUUCUACUGUCAUUCACCAAUAAUGUCAUUAAUUAACUCGUUUGAAUUUGAUCCUGAUUGUGCUAUAUCCAUUCCAUCAAGUGAUGAAAAAUUGUUCUUUCCUCAAACAGUUCAUCUUACUCAUAUUAGUAUUACAUUUCAUCAAUUCGGCGAUUGUGUUCGUUUAUUGAAUCAAAUAGGAGCACAAUUACAUUCAUUCGUUGUGAGCAUGAUGCACGUCUAUCUAUCUGAAGAAUUAGAUUUAUCACAAAUAUCAUUGAUAUCUUGUCCUAAUUUGAAAGAAUUAAAAAUGACAAUAUAUAGAAAUAUUUUCGAGUAUGAACAAUGUAUUAUUCCUUUUUUACAACGUUUAUCAAGUGUCGAACAUUUAACAUUAUUAUUAGCUAUCGGUGAAAAUGAAAAUGGACGAAAUCACUUUAUUGGUGGAUUGGACUUACAACGAGAUAUUAUUUCAUAUAUGCCUCAUUUAUGCCAGUUUGAUUUUCAUAUUCGUUCAAUUUUAAAAGAUGCUGCUCAUAUAAAACUCGAUAAAAUUCGUCAAAGUUUUUUUCAAUAUCAACAAUCUAUUGAUUGUACAAUUGAUUAUUUUAAUAAUCGAUAUGGUCAAUGUCAAAUCUAUUCUCUUCCAUUUAUUGGUACUCGUCUUGACUUUAUUUCGAAUCGAUUUCCAUUAUUCGAUGUUGAAAAAAGAUUUUCAAAUGUUACUAUGUUAUUACUUUUUGAUGAUGUCAAACCUUUUGAACAUGGUUUUUUUCAACGUGUUGCACAAACUUUACCUCAUCUUAAAGUACUUGAAGUAUUCAAUCUUCUUGAACAAGAAGAAAAAAGUACGACGACAAAUAAUUCUAUUGAAUUUCGUCAUUUAGCAACGCUUAUUUUGCAUGAUAUUCAUGCGGAUUAUGCUGAACAACUUCUAUAUCGAACUUAUCUUCCAUGUCUAAUCGAACUUGUCAUUCGUAAUGAUGUAUUGUUAACAAUAAUUAAUCAAAAUCAACAACAAGUUAAAGACAAUUGUUCAAAAGUUGAAACUCUUAUUAUUGUUGAACCAUGGGCCUAUCCCAAUAGUACUCAUGUAAACUUUUUCCCAAAGUUAGGCAUAUUUCAUACAAUGUAA